AUGUUAAAAUCCUGUCAACUGGUAUCUUCACCUCCGAUCAUUUAUUUCUUUGUCUGUAUUAUUCUUUUCACAAAAUCAGUUCGAUGUUAUACAACCACCAUAAUCAGUUUUGAAUAUUAUACAUCAUCAUCAAAUUAUCAAACUCGAAUAGAAGAUAGUCAAACAAAUGGAAUCGUGUCAACGAAAGGUAGUCAAUUAUCCGUCUCUUGGGGUCAAGCGUUCGCGUUAAUCGAUGCAGCUGGAAACUACGAUGGAUGCCAAGAAGCAAUGUAUCCUUCGAAUUAUUCAAAUGGUAUUGCGAUCAUUCAACGAGGUGGAAAUUGUACAUUCAGUGUUAAAAUAACACGCGCAAAACAAAGCGGAGCAGCAGCUGUUAUAAUCUAUGAUCCACAAAAUCCUGGUUUUGAAAUGUAUAAUAUGAUUCACAAUACUUCAAACAUACUUUCUGUUUAUGUUCAAAAACGCAUCGGUUCCUCAUUGUUCAGUUUAGCGAAAGAUGUGCGUGCAAAAUUGAAUAUCACCUUACAACCCACAAGCAUGGACUACGAUGAUUACUCUCAUGAAACUAUUUGGUUUGGUUCGCAAUCCGCAACUAUAUUUAUAGCUGUGUCAAUUUGUAUAUUAAUAUCGUUAUGUAUAUCGUGGCUCGUGUUUUAUUAUUGUCAACGACAUCGCGCGCGUACGGCAAAAGAUCGAUUACAAAAUCGUUUAUCGAAUGCAGCAAAAAAAGCGCUGACGAAAAUACCAUUAGUUAACGUAACUGAAAAUCCUCCGACAGAAGAUUCAUGUGUUAUAUGUUUAGAUACAAUAAAAACGGGUGAUACAGUACGGCAAUUAGUUUGUGGCCAUUCAUUUCAUCAUCAUUGUGUCGAUCCUUGGUUACUCAACCAUCGACAUUGUCCAUUAUGUAAUCUCGAUAUACUUGCUGCAUAUCGUAUAUCAUUACCAUCGACAACAAAUCGUCGUCGUCAAUCAAAUAUCAAUAUGAAUAUAAAUUCGAAUGUAUCUCUUGCGACAACAUCUGCAUUACCGAUCGCUGAACAACAGACGAACGCGAACGUACCGACCAUAUCAGCGACUAUCAAAGAUGGAUUCUAUGACGUUCAUAUACAUGGUGAACAAAAUCCAUCAUUUCGAUCAGAUGAAAAUUUGUCCUAA